UCAUAUGAUCUUCCCUAAAUAUCUGGAAGAUCUUCGCUAGGUUUCUCUCCGGUGUAAGCACUCUAGCUCGCUGAUCGAUCUCUCUGGCGGUGAAAAUUUGAGAUGGAUCUCGAUGAGAAGGCGCGCGCGAGGAUGUAUCACCUGGCGUGCCAUCUCGAGGACGGGUUGCGGCUUCAAUCGGGCCCUUUGAUCGUUAGAUCGGAAUGUUCCUCCACCCCCGCAUUUUCGGGAAAUCGUCGCGAUAGCAUGCUCAUGUUUGCGAGGCAAGGGGCCGAAGCAAGAGGACAAUUCAUGCGACCUGCCGAGUUAAAACAGGUGAUGCCGGAUGGCGAGAGCCGAGCGAGUCUUUCCAAGAACACUAGCAAAAUCAGUGGCGACUGUGCCAAAAAAGAAGACGAGGAGUUCUCCAGCAGCAAAGUAGUGAAGUCUCGUGAAGAUGAAACUCCACUCUUUGCGAGGCCCGCGUCCAAGCAUGCGGCACAAAUCAAGAGCUCUCGUCCUGUUACCGAGGCUUCAGAAGAAAAACGCGAGACUUCCAUCCGAGGCUUUGAGUGGUCUCCUCGCAUGGAUGUCACGGAGUCCGACUCCGAGCACAUUGUGACGGUGGAGCUACCAGGUGUAAACGCCGAAGGAAUUCGAGUGGAGAUCGACCGUGGAAGGCUUGUAGUGACUGGAUUUCGCUCCAGGGAGUGGUGGUCGAGCUCCCAGUCUUUCACUCAGAGUUCCGAGAGCGACUGCAGGGUUUAUCACCGGCGAGAUAUUUCCUACGGCCCCUACCGCUCGGUGUGGAGUGUGCCCAAGAACGCCAACUUGAAUGGAGCCACUGCCGAGUUUAUCGACGGGUUUUUGCGUGUGAUCAUUCCGAAGUCUUAAGAGCUUGAGCUCAAGGUUGCUCGCUAUAGCUAUAGCUAAGUAUCUGUAAAUUUGGAGCUAGCUAUGCAUAUAAAUAAAUAAAUAAAUAAAUAAUUAGUGCUC